AUGGCUGGCUCGGCUCUCGCUCGCUCUCCCUCCCGCGGGCAAGUCCGGCUCACACCCUGCUUCUCCCGCUCACUCACAGCCCCCUUGGCUCUCCCUCCUCCUCCUCCUGCCCCUGCGGGAUCCGCUCGCCGCCGCCGCCGCCGCAGACGGCAAGUCGUGGCAGCCAGACGUCGGCGCGUAACCCGGCGCUCCGUGCGUGACUCCAGGCGACGUCAGCGCGCGCUCCGCGUUCCCCACCCCUCCUCCCAACUCCGUGGCUCGCGCCCUUCGCUCUCGCGUCCCUCCGUUUUAGCUGCCGCCGCGGCGGCCGCCGAGCGCGCUCUUUCCGCCCCCUUCUCGCGCGUGAGCGCGCCCUAUCGGCUCCUGGCGCGUCAACAUUCCGCGGGCCAGGCCUUGGGGUGCGUCUGAGGAGGGGGAUGUCUGUGGCCUCUCCGCCCACACUUCCUCCACCCACCGCCCGCAGCGCCCCAGAAGGACCUAUUACUCGUUUGGCUUCUGAAGGCCGAAGCCAGGCUCUGGCGGGGAUAGAACCCUGAAGGGCCUGCGCCAGCUCCAACUUAGGGCCCUGUGCGUCGUUGCGACUGCCGCUACCACCCCAUCACGCGGCACCCCCGCCCCAACUCCGCCCGGGUCUCUGAAGAGGCAAUAGGCCUUUCAUCUCCGGGGAAAGUCUCACCUUGGCCCUCAGACACCCGCCAAGAGGGGUCGGAAGGACAGAAUUAGCAUACAGAAGAGGGGCUAGAGCACUUUGCAGGCUCUGGCCCCAGGAAUCCUUGACAGGAAGCGUGGGGUUGCUGCCCAGCCUCCCACGCAGUGUAAUAUAUUGAAGCCGGGCCCCUUUGAGGGAAUGCGACUUCCUUGGGCCGAGGGGGAAAGGGCAGUGCCUGAUGGCUGAGAAGAAUCGCAGAGGACUAGAAAAGGUUUGAGUCUGAAAUUAUCUGGCACAGAGGAUUAGAGCUCAGAAAUAAGUGAUUGCGAAACAGUUCAACUUCCCUGUUAAUGACAACAACAACAACAGCAACACGCUUAUUAAUUCCUAGCUGGAGUUUUUCCUAAUUAACAGCAUCAAGCUUAUGAAGAUUUCCAAGUAAGACUUUAUUGUUGACCCUUGUUGAAGAGAACUCUACUUGGCUUCUUUCCUGGCUUUCCUAAAUUGUUCACAUACAAGAUAAACUACCGUCAUUCAGACUUACAGAAGUGAGAAGACAAGCUGAACCAAAUGUAAAAUGGUAGCAAUUUACAGAUGUCAGAACUAACAUGUGGAUGAACUUAGAGAUGGAGAAGAAAGCUGGGCUUUUCCAAAGAGUGGAUCUAUCUGAACUGGAUAGCACUAUUGAACUUUGUUGCAUAUUUUGUGGUAGCUCUAAAACUCCUCUGCUUGCUUACAUACAACCAGACACCAGUGCCUUCUGAAGCUAAUCCAGGCCAUUUUUAUAACCUAAUGCAGUAGCACUUUGCAAUUAGAUGAAGAAGAUCGGUGGGAUUUCUUUCUGUGGUGAUUAAAAUGUGUCAGGGGAAGAAAUCAAGACAAUACUCCAAGUGAAAAAUAUAAAGUCAGUUAUUUCUUUAAUAUUUUGUGUUAUAGUAAUCAUUUUUAUAUUUUGAGCAUACUUUUUCUUGUCUACUUAAAUACUCAAAAUUAAUUAUAAAAUGUAAAUGUAAGCACAAUGAGAUACCAUCUCAUCCCAGUUAAAAUGGCUUUUAUCAAAAAGAUAGGGAAUAAUGAAUACUGGUGGAAGGAUGUGGAGAAUGGGGAACCCUCGUACACUGUCAGUGAGAAUGUAAAUUAGUACAGCCACUAUGGAAAACUGUAUGGAAGUGCCUCCGAAAACAAAGUAGAACUACCAUGUGAUCCAGCAAUUACACUAGUGGGUAUAUAUUCAAAAGAAAGGAAAUCAACAUAUCAAAGAGAUAGCUGCAUUCUCAUGUUUAUUGAAGUCCUGUUGAAAUAGCCAAAAUAUGGAAUCAACCUAAGUGCCCAUCAGUGGAUGAAUGGUUAAAGAAAAUGUGAUUGAUAUGCAAUGGAAUAUUAUUCAGCCAUAAAAAAGAAUGAAAUCCUGGCGGGGCACAGUGGCUCAUGCAAGUAAUCCCAGCACUGACCUCAUGAAGACAGAGAGUAGAUUGGUGGUUACCAGAGGUUGAGAAGGGGAGAGGAGAGGAGGGAUGAAGAGAGGUUGAUUGAUGGAUACAAAUAUACAGUUUGAUAAUGAUAAAUCAGUAGGGUGACUAUAGUUUAUAAUAACCUAUUGUAUGGUUCAAAAUAGCUAAAAGAGAAUAAUUGAAAUAACGUAAGACAAAAAUUUAAGAUGAUAGAUAUCCCAAUUACACUGAUUUGAUCUUUACAAAUUAUAUGAAUGUAUUAAAUUAUUACAUGUAUCCCCAAAAUAUGUACAAGUAUUUUGUAUCAAUAAAAAAUAAAAUUUAAGAUAAAGUAAAUGUAAUGAUUAGCUUAUAUUUCCUAGAUCGGAAAUAAAUAUUUGCUUAAGUA